CUGCUGGUUACUGUACCACUUUAGUCCCUUUACUUUAUGGUUGGAACGUUGCGAGCAGCAUGCAGGGUUCGGUUCUGUGGGUCUUUCUUGUGCUGUCACUUUCUGGGUUGUGCUGCAGAGCCCAGGAUGUACCGCCGUAUACGGAAGACUGCAGAAGUGGGACUUACCCCCCAUCUGGUCAGACGUUCAGAGGAACUGUACCCUGGUAUAAAGUAAAUUUAGACCAAGCACCUCAUGAAAGAUGGCAGCAGCUGAUAAGCGAUAAGAAAAUACAGCUAACUGCGUUAAUUCAGUCAAUAAAGAAUUUGGCAAAAUCUAUAUUUCCAAGUGGCAAACUUAUUGAAAUCGUGGAUAAUGAUUUGCCUCUGCUCAUUGGAACACUUCCUGCUCAAUAUGGGGAAGAAAUGAAAGGAAUUGCUGAUGCUUCUGGACUUCCGUUAGGUGAGGUCAUCCUGUUUAAUAUAUUCUAUGAAGUGUUCACUGUGUGCACGUCAUUGGUGGCAGAAGAUAAAUCCGGAAAGUUGUAUCAUGCCAGAAAUCUAGAUUUUGGAUUAUUUCUUGGUUGGGAUGUGAAAAACAAUUCAUGGAUGGUCACUGAGCUGCUGCGUCCAUUAGUUGUGAAUGUGAAUUUCCAAAGAAAUAAUAAAACCGUUUUUCUAUCAACAAGUUUUGUUGGAUAUGUGGGAAUGUUAACUGGAAUGAAACCAGGAGUUUUCACUCUUACAAUGAAUGAGCGUUUCAGUAUUGAUGGUGGUUAUCUUGGUAUCCUUGAAUGGAUUCUUGGCAAGAGAAGUGGAGCUUGGAUGAGUUUUCUUACAAGAAGUGUAUUAGAAAAUGCUACCAGUUAUGAUGAAGCUAAAACCCUUCUCUCUAAGACAAAAAUGCUUGCUCCUGCGUAUUUUAUACUUGGUGGUAACAAAUCUGGAGAAGCUUGUGUGAUCACUCGCUCUAGAGAAUCCUGCCUUGAUAUUUGGGAGCUGGAUAUUAAGCAAGGAAGAUGGUAUGUUCUGGAAACCAACUAUGACCACUGGAAGGAACCUUUGUUCAUUGAUAAUCGGAGGGCACCAGGAAUGAAGUGCAUGAAUAAAACCACACAGGAGAACAUUUCAUUUGCUACAAUUUAUGAUGUGCUUUCAACCAAACCUGUCCUCAAUAAGCUGACAACAUACACAGCCCUGAUGGCUGUUUCUGAUGCCAAACUAGAAGCAUAUCUGCGGGACUGUCCUGAUCCCUGCAUUCCAUGGUGACAAACUACACAUAAAGGAUGAUUGAAUGGCUGCUGCUUUCAUGAUAUAGAAAAAAAAACCAGAAAACAGAGUGGACAUACUUGAUUUGUAUAAAUUUCUAAUUCAAAUGUAUUUUUGUCUUUUAUGUUUUCUUGGAGAGAAAGAUCAAACAGAGGACCCUCUAACUGUUUACAUAAUUAAAUGCUUUGUAUAAUACUUUUCUUUUUAAUGAUUUGGUUAGCAAAACUAUGCAACUCAUUGCAAAGGACUCAUAAAAAACAAAACACUUUUGUAUGGACUGAUCCUUUUACAAAUAUGAAAGUAAAAUGAAUACUGUUUUUUUCCACUUUAACUUUAUUUAUAUUUAAUAAAUAAUGUCACUAUGUGAUGAAACAUGUGAUCUACAUAUAUUCUUCUGGUACUUUUUUAUUACAGUCUUUUAAAUAGCAUAAUAUAAAAUUAAUAAUUAAAUAAAUUAUAUUGAGAAGAAAUAAACUAAUUAAAUAUUAAA